AUGAAGGUGUCGGGCACCCUGAGGGUGUACAAAGUUGUUGGGCGAUGCCUUCCUACUCCUAAAUGUCCAACACCACCCCUGUGUCGGAUGCGUAUCUUUGCUCCUAAUCAUGUUGUUGCCAAGUCCCGUUUCUGGUACUCUGUGUCUCAGCUGAAGAUGAUGAAGUCUUCUAGGGAAAUUGCGUACUGUGGACAGGUAUGUGAAAAGUCCCCUUUGCGGGUGAAAAACUUUGGUAUCUGGCUACACUAUGAUUCUCGUAGUGGAACCCACAACAUGUACAGGGAAUACAGAGACUUGACAACUGCUGGUGCUGUUACACAGUGCUACCGUGAUAUGGGUGCCCGCCAUCGUGCUUGUUCUCACUCUAUUCAGAUCAUGAAGGUUGAGGCGAUUGCUGCUAGCAAGUGCCGUAGACCUGCAGUCAAGCAAUGCCAUGUUUCAAAAAUCAAGUUCUCUCUGCCACACAGAGUUCUGCGUCGUCAGCACAAACCGUGCUUCACCACCAAGAGACCAAAUACAUUCUUCUAA